UACAUGUAUUAGCCAGUUACUGAAAUCAGUGUUCGAACAGAAUUCAAUGGCAAAAAUGGCUGAAAGCGCACGGAUGCUAAUAUGCUGCUUGAUUCUGGUAAUGUAUUCAGUUGAUGCAGGUUCAAAGCGUAAUUAUGCAAUUUUAUUAGAUCGCGUCAAUUAUACUAUACAUCAGAAGGGUUUAAUGACAGUGGAGCAAUUUCAAUGUGGCAAAAAUAUGAUUGGCUUAAACACGUUUACUUUACACCUCAAAGUAGAACAAAAUAUUACCAAUUUUCAAUUGCGCGAUAAUUUGCGCAUUAUACGAGAAAAAAACAUUACUAAUACAGCGAUAACUAAUAUAACAAAUGCUUGUGAUAUGUUAAGUGGAGACUAUGACAGUACAAUUAUAAAACAAAACGUAAUUGAAUUGCAACAAUCGGCCAAACCAUUGCUGUUGUGUCCAUUAAUGGAGAACGCGCUCUAUACCAUCAGUAAUUUUACUUUACGACCCAGUUUGAUGCCACCUUACAUACCGGUAAUGAGUUAUAUUGAAACACUUGAGAUAUGGUAUGCUGGUGUACACUAUCUGGAUAUCAUAUUUGAAGGUAGAGUAACAAAGGCAUAAACACAAAAAAUAAAUGAAUAUCUUGUAAUUAAUUAAAUACCA